AAUAAGGUACUAAUUAAGGCACAGGACUUAAAAUCAACUUUACAUAAGAGUCCAGUGUUGGAUGCAUGAUGGACCUGACAACUGUGUCAUGCAACCUGGAUGAAUUGGACCCUAAUAUUUAUUUGAACACCAGUAGAAGAGAUGAAAGUACAACUCUGCUGAGAUGAAAUCUGUAUUUUGGAUGGUGGUGGUUGCCCUAAUAAUUCACGAAGCUGGAGCUGAUGAUGAAUGCAGCACAGUGACAGCACUGGUAUCAGCAUGUGCCAGCUUCGUGAACUAUGGCACACCAGAUCCGAUUCCAGGUGCACCAUGUUGCGUUGCUAUGACAACCCUAAGCACUGUAGCUAGCUCCACUGGCGUUCAGACUCGCCAGUCUGUCUGUAGAUGCAUGAUGGAGCUUAUUACUACUUACAACCCAAAUGCUACUGCCAUUGCGACUCUGCCUGGUUUCUGUGGUGUUUCUCUUGGUUUCACCAUUGACCCUAACACUGAUUGUGAAUAUGUCUCGUGACAAAUUGGUGUCGGGAAAGUGAAUGCUGAAGAAGAAACCUUACAAGAACAGUUUGUAUUUUGCUAUUUACAUAUGGGUUGUCCAAAGGGAAACUAAGCAAAGACUUGGUCUUUACUUCCUUUGAUGACUAUAGUAUGACGUGAAUAAUACUUAACGAUUGCUCCACAUUGACUCA